GAUCUCAGCAAAAGCGGUGCUGUCUCCCUGAACUGGGUUUCUGCUGUAGGCGGUGCAUUCCUUGGGAGGGAGGGUACAUGUGUGUGGGGGGGGAGCCUUCCCACACUAAAGUGAGCCCUUAUUUAAUGGGGGUCCCAAUGCAGGACAGCAAGCAGAAGAGGUUUUCCUCUCCCCGGGUUCCAUUCAGAGACAGAGGUGCAUAAGCCAGUGACAGGCAUGAAACACUUUGCUGAAAUAUCCCUGGAGGAAGCAAUUCCUAUGACCAAUCAAGACUCCGGAAUGGGUGUCAGGGAGGAUCUGAAGAAAAUACGCUGCGCUGUGGUUUUUUGCUUGCUGUCGGUCCUAGUCCUGGCGUUACCCACAGCCUAUCUGCUGAUUGGAAAUCUCACAGCUCAUAAACCUGGCCCCGCGCAGGUUGCAGAGGAAAGCACGGCCAGAUUCCUAAAGCAACAGACAUCGCUAGCACAUUUCGAAUCCAGCACAGAAAAGCCAAGAGCGCACCUAACAGUAAAGAAGCAAGAUCCGUCACCUCCCGUGGGAAAUCAGCUUCCAGUUCUCCAGUGGGAACAUGAGCGAGGCUUAGCAUUCACCAAGAACAACAUGAAUUAUACCAACAAAUCACUGGUGAUACCAAAGGCUGGGGAUUACUACAUCUACUCUCAGGUCACUUUCCGAGGGCACACUCCAAUUGACAAUAAACCAGCUUCUGUAACACAGGUCAUUACUAAAGUCACGGACAGCUACCCUGAGCCGACCCAGUUGCUGACCGCCACCAAGACGCUGUGUAACAUGGGAAACAACUGGUUCCAGCCUAUUUACUUAGGGGCAGUAAUUUUCAUGGAGGAAGGGGACAGGCUGAUGGUCAAUGUUAGUGACAUCCAAUUGGUAGAUUACACCAAAGAACACAAAACAUUCUUUGGGGCUUUUUUACUGUAGACUUCUGACAGCCACCAAUAAGGGUUGCUCCUAUUAGGGUCCUGAAUCAAAUGUGUCACUAAAAUCACCCAGAAGUUUGCUAAUGAUUUUAGUGAGUACCGGAUCAGGGAGUCCUAGCACCAAGCAUCUGUGCCCUCAAAAGCAGUUUCCUUACCUGUGUUCUCAUUCACCUGUGUGGCUCUGGUGUCCAUAAUGUAGCUUAUCCUUGGGGGAAGGAAAGUUGAAGCCACUAGCUAAAUUAAACAACCCAUCACAAUACAACAAAGAGAUCACACCACAUCAACCACAGAAAAGAAUAGGGAGGCAAAGGAGAGAAAAAUAUACCCCUAUGCUAAAGCUAGUAACUUUUUGAAUGCCUACAAGAGGGAGACAGAGUGUUUAUAGAUGAGAGGGAAAAUUAUCUUCAAUCAACUAAGCCUAGAUCCCAAAUCCAAUAAGCAACCACUUUAAACGAGCCCCAAGGCAAUUAAUUACAGGCACUCCCUUAAAACUAGAUUUGCUUAGUACUUUACAUUAAUAUAGAAAUUUGGAACUUUCAAGGCAUUGUAUAAUUAUUAACGGUUUAAUUAAUCCCUUGCAAUUGGCCAGUGAAGUAGAUUAAAAUGAUUUCUUGAAGUCUGCAAAACAAACAAACAAAAGUCCACCCUACUGAUUUUUUUUUCCCUCCCAAGAUAUUUUUGAGGAAAUUGUAUGCUAUUUUGUUCAGGGCCCAUUUGUUGCCCAAAAAUGGCUCAUUUCAUCAUAUUUCUAACGUGUUGUCCAUUUUUACAUUGAAACACACAAAUAUGUUAAUGUUUUAGUGUAAAAAUUCAUCUCACUACAAAAAAUUUUUUAUUGAAAUGGAGCACAAAUUUCAGCAAAAUUUCAAAUUCAGAAAACUUUCAACCUGCUGUACAACACAUAAGAGUUUAGGAUCAGUGUGAAAAUAAGUUAUGUUCCCUCAAAAAUGAUUUUGUUUUGUUUUGUUCAUGUAGCUUUUUGAGGAAAAGCCACAAUUGUUCAGAAAUUGAAAACAAAAUGCCCUUUUUUUUAAACUUCCAAGAUGGCUACAACUCCCCUCUCUCCAGACCAUCACAACUGCAGUGGUUUCUGAAAGGAAAGGUUGCUAGGCAUUAGGCUGGCUAGUACCCACUUGUGCAACAGUCAGAGUAGGUGGUGUAACCGGAUGCAAGAGCUCAGGAAUUUUCCAUUUCCAGUUUCUUGCUCAGUCUUCUAGAUCAUACUGUCUUGCAGGGAAAUUCCCUGGCUUUCCCUUCACCUCCAUUAUAAACUAUUCAGUGAUGACAACUCCAGUCAUGUUGUAAUCGACUCAAGCUUUCUAUUCUUAAAUUCCCCCAAGUGUUAAGCUCAGUUGUAGACAACACCCAAAGCGUCAAGUUUGCAGCCAGACACACUCACUCUCUGUCACUGAGACUUCCUGCUCUUUCAACAUGUCAUCCCCUGUGAGCAAUGAAAGUGAAAGUGCAUUAUGUAUGUACCCAGAGUGCUUUGCAGGAUUCCAUAGCGCUAAAGGUAGCUGAGAUAUAUUUUCCUUCCAACGCCAAUGCACACCUCUCAUAAAUCAUGGGAAUUACACCCCUUAGAUGAGGAAUUCUACAGAUCCCGAGAAGGUAUAGUUGACUUGUUCAAAUGUAAGGUCAUUAUAUCUACACACACACCACAUAUAUAAUACUGCUAGACUGCCAAGGAAGCCAAGCUGUUCUCUCCCUGGCAUUCCUCCUUCUGGCAGCUAUGUUAAUGCAACAAUAAGCUAUCUGACAACAUUCCUAGAGUGCAGUGUCAUGGAGGAAGAGAAAAGAGCAGAGGCAAGUUGAGAGAAAAGAGAGAAACAUGGAAGGAGUAAAAAUGAUGAGCCAGAACUUUGGCUUAAGCAUUGCUUCCAUGGCUCUGCGCAAGUAUAUCCGUGCUGGGAAACUGGCUAUGCUUUUGAUUAGCUGCAAAGGUUCACCAUCUUUUUCUUACUGCAAAUGACUGUGUAAGAGGAAGACCUUCUCCCAUGGCCCUCUCCUCCAUCCUUCCAGCCCCUUAUCGCCUGGCUUUCCUAUUGUCUAUUUUAUAGCCUAUCUCUUGCCAUGAUAUUGAGGCAUUCAAAAAGAAUUAAGAAGCACUGAACGUGCCAAAAUGCAUGAGAGCUUGGAUGUUGCCACAUUCUCAGCUCCCAAGUUUUUUAAAAUAAUGUGGUCCCCCCCGUUUUUUGCCUCUGGCUUUUCUCCUCCUAGUUGCCUCAUUGUGAGGUAGGCCCAAGGAAGAUGCUACUGUUAAGCUAAGAAGCUCUCAUCACAGCGCACCUGUCUGGGACAGAUAAAUCUCCGCAGCCUGAUAUUAGCGCUUCUGUGAAGUGUAUUUGGGUUCUCCAUGAAGGCAAAGUUCAAUCCGUCCCAGGGCAGUUACAGAAAUCCACAGGGCUCUUUUUUUCUAUAACGGGUGCUGUGCCAUUAUUCCCUGAUCCCGAUAGAGCCCCAGCUGAUUUCUAUAUCUGAAUUUUCUAUCUAUGUCAUCAAUACUUAAUGCUUGGUGCACUAAAUCAUAAAAAAAAAAUGAGUUUAGAGGAAAGGAAUGAAAUACAGGACACACAACAACCUCCCCCCCCCCAAGAGAUAUCUUUAUAUAGAUAAAUAGAUAUAGCUCGAGAUGCAGAUAUAUUCUGUUCAUGUUCUAGGAUGUCCUACAGCAGUAGUAAAUCUUUCCUCACAUGAGACACACAGAAUUUCUUUCCACUGUCUAUUUAUCAUACAUUUCACAACCCCAAAAUUUACCAGCCACAUUCCCAGCUUAGCUGUCUGUCAGUGCUGCACACCCAGUUAUCCCCAGCACAAACCAAUGUUUAUUUUAUAGGAGUCUGUGUUGACACUCUACUUACUGUAGGCUUUCAUAUACCACUUUGUGCUAUCACAUUUACGUAUGAAAGUGAUUUCUCUUGUGCCACUUGUUUUAGAGUGGUGCUAGCGUAUUAAUCCUUCCCAUGAUCUCCCAUGAACACUUGCUCUGUUAUUUGGGCUUCUGUAACAAUGAUGGUGACCAGUAUGUAUAAAAAGAAACUGGUGAGUGUCAGAAGGAUCUCCACUGAAGCCAGUGGUAAAACCAGUAAAUCGUGGUAAAACCAGUGCAACCGAGAGAAUAAUCAGAACCUGCCCGUUAAGAAUGGUUGCAAAAAGCAUGUAAAUAAUACAAUGGGAAAUGGAUUUUUAAAAAGUUGAAGGAAACUUUGAGACACUGUCAAGUAGCAUAAGCUGAAACUUUGGAAUUUGUAAGAGGAUUUUUGUGUUUGUGUUUUUUACAAAACUGAAUACGAACAAUAAUGGUCUCGUAAAAGAUUUCCUGAAUUGUUAAAUUUUUUUCCCCCAGUUUAAAUCAUCCCCCCUCACAGUUUUGGAAAGGCCACACUCAUACAUCAGAAUUGCUCUACUGCACGAGCAAUAGCGAAUGAAGCUGAUCGUGGCCCCCAGUCCUGCAAAGAGUUUCAUGUGCUUAACUAUAAAUGCAGGAAUUAUCCCUUUAAAGUGAACGGGCUCCUCGCAUGCUUAAGACUAAACAUGUGACUAAGGACUGGCACUGAGAGUCAGAAAAUGAAAUGGAGCAGCCCACUGAGAAAAAUUCAUAAAGGGAAAAAACCUGCCACAAACACAAAAAAAGAAAUUAGGUUUUUAAAAUGAUUGAGACUACGAUUCUGCCAGGCAAUUCUCUUGGGCGGACCCCAGAUUGUAAAAGGAGACUGCAUGCCCACAAGGAAGUGCCUGCACAGAUCCAAUUGAAGGAGUAUGGCAUUAAAUCACCAUUGUGUGUUAUUAGAAACAUAAAUUCGGACACAUUUUUAAAGAAAUAUUUUCACCUUGACAGUGUCUCCCUCCAACCCCCAAUGUGCUUUGUUUAAUUAACAUCCCAACUGGCUCAUCAUUUCAAAAGAGAACUGAGGAGAAAUGUCAUUCUUUAAAAGAAUCAGACUCAAUGUCACAAAUAUUUGCCCGAUGUGGGUGUUAGAGACCAGUAUAGCAUUUUGCUAUAGUAAUAUAUUUUCAUAUAAAUGACUGUAUUAUCUUAUACUACAAGCUGUUUCCUUCAAGGUCGAGUAGACUUGGCUUACCAUUUCCACAGUUUUUGUAAUAAAAAUACAAAUGAACUAUA